UUGUUUCACCCAAUGAAAUGAUUUGCACUUACUACGCCGAUUCAAAACUCUAUAAAAACCAGAACUCGACACUGGCCAGCAGUAGUAUAAGACAGAAGCAUUAAUACAACAACAUGUUAAUCUCCAGAAUUCGUCACGAGUCGGGAUAUUCUACAGACGGCUCCGAGAGCAGCGGGACCGAUUUCUACCUGAAUGACAACUUGGAGGAGACCUUGAAAUCAUCACAGCCAGAUUUCGGUAUACUGUUUGACGUGGACGGGGUGUUAGCCCGGGGGACGAACCCCCUGGAGCCCGCCGUGAAGGCCCUCAAGCUGCUGCAGGAUGAGGAGGGGAACCUGAAAGUCCCCGUGGCCUUCGUCACUAACGCCUGCAACAGGAGCGAGGACAAAGCCAGGCAGAUCAGCAAGUGGUUCAACGUACAGGUUUUACCGGAUAUGGUUAUCCACGCACCAACUCCUGCCAAAUUAUUGACCGAGUUCCACGACAAGCACGUGCUGGUCAUCGGUCAAGAGCAUCGCAGAGACAUUGCCCUUGAUAUCGGUUUUACAAAAGUCUGUACGAUUGAAGACAUUCAGAAAGCUUACCCAUUCCUGGACAUGGUGGACCACGAUAACAGAAAACGCGUGGCUGCCGGGACGUACCACGACGACCCAUCCUUCCCCAGGGUAGAGGCGAUCCUGAUGAUCGGGGAGCCCAAACUAUGGGAGACCAACCUCCAGCUGCUGAUCGACCUCCUACUGACUGAAGGCAAGCCCACCCGGGCGCCCUCCUCUAUCAUGGGCGUCAAACCGCUGCCGAUCAUCGCCUGCAAUAUGGAUUUGGUAUUCAUGGACCGUGCCUGUAUGCCGCGAUUCGGCCAUGGCUCGUUCCUGCUAUGUCUGGAAAGCUUAUACAAGAAAAUUACGGGUCGUGAGUUGGACUACACAGCGCUGAUCGGGAAGCCUUGUGAAAUAACCUACAGGUACGCUGAGCACUGCAUUGCAGACGUUGCCCAGAAACUAGGAAUCCAAAACCCAAUAAAGAAGCUGUACUUUAUCGGUGAUAACCCAUCUGUGGAUAUAGUGGGGGCCAACCUGUACCACCGCUUUCUGCGAAGACAGUCGGAAUGUAUCGACAAUGAAGAAGUGAACUACCUCCCUCGCUCCAGAUCCAUUCCAAACAACUCUCACCUCUACCAACAGACGGUGCUAGCCAUGGAGAGCCUUCUUGUGGGCACCGGGGUCUACAAACCGGAAGAGGAAGAGUCGUCUGAUGAUGACGUCGAUAUCUAUCAUGGACACCGUGACAUUGAAAACGAACCGGAACUCGCCAAACCCUCCAAAUUUGUGAUUGACGUGUACCACGGCAUUCGACAUAUUCUUGAUAAAGAGAACUUUUCUGUAAAGACUUAGUCGCUCGGUCAUCGACAAAGGGAAACCGUGAUCUGAAUGAAUGCUUGUGCAAAUGUACCUCUGAAUGCAAAAUCGAAAAAUAGGGCAUACAUGUAUUAUGUAGUAGUUUAUUUAUUUACUUUGUGAUGUUGACUUAUUGAGACAGACCAGUCUAUAAAUCAGUGUUGUGACACGUUAAUGGUGACAGCCUCGUCUUUGUACCAGACAUUGCAUGUGUGACUGUGAAUUGAAAACGGUAGUAAUGGGAAAGACACGUUUAUACAUGUAUAGGACUUGACAAAACGUGACAUAAUGGUACAAGUAUACAUGUAUAUGACAUAGGAGGGAUAAAACAUGUGGUAUAAUGGUACAAUUAUACAUGUUAAUGACUUGGAAGGGGUAAGACGUGAUAAAUUAGUACAAUAUACGUACAUGUAUAUGAUUAUAUAUAUUGUUUGUUCUCUAUUUUAUUUAUAAUAUAAGUUUUUUUACGUGAUUUUUUUUACCCUCAUUAUGUACUUUGAAAUAUGAAUAAAAUAAUUUUUUGAAUGAA